UAAAUUUGCAAAGUGACACACAGCCCUUCUUCUCCCUCCGCGCUCGUGGCAACGGCGGCGGCGAUGGCGACGUCGGCGAGCACGUCCGGCGAGUGGCUGACGGGCGCGCUGCAGGAACUGAGGGGUCGGACGGGGGGCGGUCUCGAGCUCGACGGAGACCUCAUAUCGGGCCUCGUCUCCUUCUGCGAGCUCGCGCCUCCACCAGACGCCGCCGACUACCUCGCGAAUAUUGUUGGAGUAGAAGCUGCGCAGGACCUCAUUCAGGAGUACUUGCAGAGGCGGGGCUAUAUUGAUCCCUCAAAAGGAGCUGGAAGCUCACAGUUUUCUAGCCUUCAGCCUUAUGUGAAGCCAUCUGCUGAUGCAGAAACUGCCCAAACAAAGAAGCAAACACGCACACUGAAAGAUCAAGCAUCUUCCUCAAGUCAGAGCUCCAAGAGUCAAUCAGAUACUGCUGAGCCCCAGGCUUCCUCCAGGAGAGGUCCGAAAAAGAAGGGAGGAAAGGCCAUCUCGCUUGCUGAGGCAGCGAAGGGUUCUAUUGUCUUCAAGCAGGGGAAGCCUUGUUCAUGCCAAGCACGCCAGCACAAUCUUAUCAGCAAUUGCUUAUCAUGUGGCAAAAUUGUGUGUGAACAAGAGGGCGAGGGACCCUGUAGUUUCUGUGGUGCACUUGUCUUAAUGGAAGGCAGUACAUAUGCCGGUUUAACUGAUGCUGGAGUUCCUAGUUCAGAAACAGAAGCUGCAGCUGAAGCUUAUGCAAAGAGGCUUGUUGACUAUGACAGAAACUCUGCUGCAAGGACUAAAGUUUAUGAUGACCAAAGUGACUAUUUUGAAAUGGAAGGAAAUAGUUGGCUCUCAUCAAUGGAAAAGUCAGACCUAAAGAAGGUGCACGAUGAAGCUGAGGAUGCAGCUGAAAAACAAAAAGGGAAAGUGACUGUCACGUUUGAUUUGGUGGGCCGUAAGGUAAUUUUGAACAACGACGAAGCUGCAGAGGCGGAAUCUGGUCAGGGGAUCAUGAGACCAUUAGAACAGAAGCAUCAGGUGCAACGCAUACAGCCAAGUCCCACGACCAGAGAGCAGCCAUUUUUCAUCGAAACAGGACCAGUGAAGCCAAGAACUGACAGAGUAAAACAGAACAAGAAACUCACGAAGAAUGGCUUGUGCCUAGAGGUAACUGGAAGGGUGCAGCACGACGACAAGGAUCCCCAGAGCUUUCUUGGCGGCAAGAUGAAGAAGGGUGAUCAUAUUGCAUACAGUUCCUUCGGUCAAGCUCGUGAAGGCGAUGACUACGAAUGUUCCCUUGAUUUUGAUUGAGCAUUGGUACUGAAUUGUGAUGGUUGCCGGGGUGCAUUCACAUUGUACUAAAGUAUCCAUUUCCUGUGGGUUGGAUUAUGGUUUAGUCAUGUUCUACAGCUGGAGAAGGCAUUUUGGAAAGGCUGUACAACAAUUAUGACCCCGAAUCAAGUUUUUCAUAUGAUACCUUGGGCCUAAUGUUGUGUAAAAAUGGUCAGAUCCGGUUCUUCCA